AUGGGGGAGAUCUAUUUGGACAAGGCGCUCGGCCUGCUGUCCUCGGACAAGCAGAAGGAACGAGCUGAUGGCUUAGCAGAUCUCAAACAUAUCCUGCAGCAAAACAAACAGAGUUCAAAGCUACUGGAACUUAGUGACAAAGCCUGCCACAAGAUCUUUGAAGCAAUUUUCCGUUUGGUUGCGGUAGAACGGCCGAUUUACAUCCGCGCUCAACGGUCGAAUACCAAAAACCCUUCAGCUACUCGCUUGUCAACAUGCGCCUCGGUGCUUCGUACAGCAGUCGACAUCUUUCUGCACAACAUCCGAGCCAAAACGGUCCGCGCGAUCAUUGAUCACAUUACGGAGACCAUACCAGUUCCAAGGGAUGGGCUAUGGGAGCCACUCAGUGUGGACUACACGAAAUCCUUAACGUCACUUCUUCAAUACCCUCCCCAUACCGAGCACCUGGGCGAUUCGGACUGGGAAAGGCUGAUUGAUUACUGCCUCGAUGUGAUCAAUAUACAAGAGAGCGAUGGGAGUCAGCUCAGCAUUCGCAGUGAACAUCGGUCUGCUCCAGAUGACUUACUGGAUGCAAGCGACGGCCGCUCGACCCCCCAAAGAAUGACACCUGCUCCAGGCAAUGGAGAGAAAUUCGUUGGCGACAGAAAUACCGUCGGAGAAGUUCUAGCUUGUAUCCAGCUUCUGAUUUCAAGCCCCAGCGCCCCCAUACAGGCUGCUGCGGAGAGCAUCCUGCGAGGGCUCGUGGAAUUUGUCAAGUCCCCAUCCAUAAUGGCCGGAAAUGCACACAAACUGGCGCUCAGUAGUAUCAAUACAGUUGUUUCCAGAGUCUUGUUUGACCAGUCUGAGCUGGCUCGGUCAUCCCUGACAGAUUUGAUCCCAGUAAUUCGACGCCUAUGGAGUACUAAGCUCCCGAGCCUGAAGGAUGAGCUUCUUGCCACAAUCAUGUUGUGCCUGGUCAUUUUCGUGGAUGCGGCUCAUAAGAAGCCAUCUGAAUCCCUAGUUCGCUCAAUUGAAGGACUGACAGGCUCUCUUCAGUCUGAAUACAUGAAGCGGUCAGACAGGGAGUUGCUCCAAGCUGAUGAAACAGUAUUCUACCGGAAAGAUGGACAAGGAGAUGGACCUGUUUAUGGACCUCGCCUGGGAAAUGCACGAUCAGAACACAGCUGGACUGUGAUAUGGGCGCUUGCAAACUUGCUGAAACUGACAGCAAAAGCUGCCGUUCAAGAAACCGAUCAAGCUGCUUCUGGAGAGCUCUCUAGCAAAAGACAACGUCUUACAUCGUGCAUAGAUGAUGUUUUUCGCGAUGCGAUAUCUGGCACAGGCGCGCAAAGGAUUUGCGCAUUACAAAUGGUCCCUUUCCUCGAGGCCGAGAUUGACAUCGACACAAAGGAGUCUUUUGUCAAGCGAGUUAUUCCUAGUAUCCUCGAUGAUAACAGCACAGUCUCGACUUGGACGAUGAUAGCAUUGACAAGUGUUGUUAAAGGCCCUAGCGCCCGGCACCAUCAACUCAAAGGAUACUGGCCGCAAGCAGUAGAUCUCGCGACUCGGGCGUUUUCCUCCACUGUGACGUCUAGAGCAGCCUGCCAGUUCUUGAGCACAACAAUCGAGGCAGAGUUGCUGGAAUACUCCAUCCUGUCAGAGAACAUACGAUCAAUGCUCUCGUCUGCAAGUUUGAACGGCCCCUCCGCCAUUUCUGACUCGGCUCUAAGCAUGUGGGCAUCGAUAGCCCGGAAAAAGUUGCAGUUGAGCCCCGGUACCGCGCAGCAUGCAUCGCAGCAAAUUUGCAGUUGGCUGAGGGAGGUAUGGACUAUCGGCAAUGUCACAGAUCGACUUCAAACUGCCCAGAUCGCUACCUCUGCUCGCCCCCUCGAUUUGCUCAAUCUUUUCAUGGCAUGUACCAAUCGGCCGUUCGAGAUCCCUGAUAUCCGAUAUCGUGGACCAUCCGGGCUCAUUACUCGGAUGUGGUUUUACUUCCACGAAAAUGCAGAGCUUCUGGAGUACAUGUUCGGCCCGGGUAGUAGAAUCCUUCAUUCCAACCCUUGGAAUCACGGAGACACAUGGUCCUUGAAGCCGUCGGUUGGCCAAGAUGCAGAUGACUCGGUGAUCAUCGAAAUUUUGCGAGCAAAGUCCGAACUGUUCCUUCAAUCAUGGAACACGAUAAGUGAAGACAGGUCACUUUAUAUCACCACAGAUACUUUGCAGAUUUUGAUUUCUUUCUGUAUUGUUUGUUCCCUUUUCGAAGCAUGCCUUCCUCAGCAGUCGCGAUCUCGAGUGCAAGGUCUCCAACAGAACUGCAAUAACAUAUGGAAUUCCAUUUGCCAUUUCGUGUCAACACACGAGUCGACUGCCAUUCAACCAUGCCUUGAGAUAAUAUCGCCAAUCCUUGUGUUGGAAUCUGAACUUGAGAUGUUCGGCAUCGGGGCCGCUCUUUGUCCACUUCUCCGCCCGUUAGCAGAAAUACUCGAAAAGCUUCGUCAAACUUCGAAAGAAGACUCACCAAACCAGAGAGAUAUUAUGGACUUGGACGAUCGCUUAGCCCAUCACGGAGAUGAGGUCUCUGUUAACCAGGCAAUCUUCGCUUCGAACCGAGCGGCGUGUUGUCUCUUCUCUGAUGCACACACCUUUCAACGUUGUGAGACAAUCCGGUUGUCAAUACUUCUGAGGACACAAAUAGAGUAUGUCAGUUUGGACGACCCUCUGUCAACCAUUGUGGAGUAUCUUACGGAUCUGGACGAGUCCGAUCUCUUAUCCGCGCAAGGAGCUCUACCUGCAGUCUAUCAGAGAUGCUCAAAGCUGCAGCAGAAUGAACUGAUCCAGGUUCUGGAGGAUCUCGGAGAGAAAUGCCUACAGUCGUAUGAGAUGGAGCGCUGCGAAGCUUCUCACAACGUCUGCAUUCGUAUGAUGACUGCUUUGGUUGCAUCAUGGACAGAUCCACAGAGCGACCACUUAAGCGAAUCAGCUAUGGACUUGUACAGCUGGUUCAUGGAAGCUCUGAUUUCCAAGAAGAGGGCAUCAACCAAUGUGUACAUUGCUCUUUCUGCACUUGUGCAAGCGGUCCUGGAACUAUGCCCAUCAUAUGGUAAUCAGCAAUCUCUCCCAUCUCCACGAACUACCCUUUUCAUGAUACUGCAGGAGGGUGAUGCUCAGGUCAAAUUCAGCGUCGCUGAUUUUCUACCAACAUUGUUUGAACGUUUCCUUCUCAAGGAUCAUGACGCAAUCUUUGAUGAUGUUCUGCAGAGUCUGCCAAGAGAUCCAGAUUGGACCGAAGGGAUUGCUAUUCGCCUUCUUGUGUUGUCAAGACUGGCCUCCAAGUGGCAUACCUUAUUGCGAAGGAGCAUUUACCACAUGUUCGAGACUCCAGCCCAAGCUCCGGAUUCUCUCGGAUAUGCUCAAACAUGCAUGGCAUCUACAUCAGCUGCUCUUGGGCUGCGAGACGGAAGAGAGCUGUUUCGACUGUUCGCAUCUCAGAUACUGUACACCUGGACUGAGACACAAAGCGUUAUGUCCAUGCCGUACGGCAUCUUUGGAUAUGGCACCCUUGAAGAGAUGCUCAUUGAUGUGAAAGAUGAGGUCGUUGGACAGAUGAUGAUGCGUGCCAAGGAAUCGGAAACCCAGGAACUUGCAAGCUUCCUUGACAUACCUCAUGUCGAACUUCUUGAGGCAUCAUUCCAUAAAGCGGAGGCAUACAGUAUUGCGCGAGACAUCAGCACACCCCCCGAGCAGGGAAGCCAGCCCAAAGGUGUCGAGAUCCGCCUGAGGAAAUUGCUUGGACCAGAGAGGUUUAUGGCCCAAAUAGAGGAAAACUUUCCGCAGAUCAUCGCGACUUUCUUCAGGACUCUUGAUCGACAUGAUCAGAUAGAGCGAGAAUAUUCAAAGCGUCCAAGCUUUCACUACGCACUCGAUAUCCAGACCAAAAUUAGCCAAAAAUGUGCUUCGCAGAACUCCCUGCCAGCAAAUCAGCAACCAUGUUUCCGAGCCCGCUACCUGCUAGAUGAGCUCGAGUUCUUGUGCAAACGUGCGGGCUUUGAGCUUGAAACAAUAUGGUCACCAGCUCUUGCUACAUUUGUCUGCCGGUCUCUACUGGAGUCGAUACAUCCUGCAAUGGGAUCUCUACAUACGUGCUCCGUUAUCCGGAAGAUUAGAGUACUUGUGUGCCUUGCAGGCCCAAUCAUGCUUGAGAAUUACCCACUUGAGAUGAUCCUCAAUGCCCUUCGCCCUUUCAUUGUCGAUAUCCACUGCUCUGAAGAUGCCAUGGGGGUCUUUUGGUACCUUCUCGAGGCAGGGAAGGAUUAUUUGCUGAAGAACCCCGGAUUCACAGCUGGCAUCUGCCUCUCGACCUUGGUGACCCUUCGCAGGCUCUUUUUGUCAUCCCCUGAAAGUACCACGCAGCAAAGUCAAUUUCAAGGUGUGCUCUCGACUGCAGAAGCCUUCCGCGAGUGGCUUCGUCGGUUCAUGGCCGACUGUCAAUCCUCAGAUCGGAGCAAUGAAACUAGGCAAUAUUUUGCAAAUCUACUGGACCUGGCACGGCAAUUGCCUUCCCUAACGAACUCCUCAAAUUUCCAAAUUGAAAAUGACCUUGUCUUUGCUAUACUCAAAGAUCGCGACUCCCCCACGUCACUCUUGAGCAAACCAAUUGCGGAUCUGGUACUCUCUUUACUAUGUCCCGAGUUCAGAGGAGAUACGAGAGAUGGCAAUAGCAGCUUUGAAAGUGAUUUGGAUCCUGGGUCCCACAUUUUUUCAUUGUGGGAAACACUCCACAAGUUCAACCACUGCCCCGAGUACCAGCUAUGGGCCGCUCGAGUCAUUGGGCGCUCCUUUGCUGCAACGGGAAAAAUCAAUGAGAGAUUGAUGCGCGAGCAAGAGCAUUUCUUGUUUCAAACACCGUAUUCAAAUGAUCCCACGGAUCCGGCUCAUCAGUCAAAGAAUACUAUCCUUCAAUUACUCUGUAGCAAGCUUCAUUCCCAAGAUCACGCGGAAACCGGCUUAAUUGAGCAGACACUACAGGUUAUUAUCAGCCACAUUACCGAGGCCGAUGAUUUCCAGGCGUACGCCAGUAUCAUUCCCGAGUCUCUAAUGCCAGCUCUCCUUUGGAAUCCAUACUCCUGCCCGAAAAUUUCACUUCCAAGAGCGAAGCUUGAAAUCUGCGACCUUGGUCUUCAAGAAGCUGCUGAGCCUGCACCUCUUGCUGAGUGGGCCCGCAACGCUACUCUCUCACUGUCCAGCGCUACUCCGCAGGACCCCGUCAUUGGACCUCUGCGCGCGGUUUUACACGUAGUUCCUGGAUUGGCAGUGCAGGUCUUGCCGUAUAUCAUCCACGAGGUGCUGCUGUCCGAAGAUGAUGGGGAAGGUCGACUUCGACAGGCGAUCUCCGGGCUUUUCAACAAUAUUCUCGGUAAAGUCAGUGAGGAAACCAUGCCGCAUGCUCGACUUGUCAUCACCUGCAUCCUGUAUCUUCGAAACCAGCCUGUUCCCGGCGAAUCCACGAUCGUUGACCGCGAUAAAUGGCUUGAAAUCGACUAUGACCAGGCAUCUUCAGCUGCACAUCAAUGCGGGCUGCAAAAGACAUCUCUCCUUUUCCUCGAAAUCGAGGCAUCCAGGGUGAUUUCCGGAUCUCGCCGCUCCUCGGUGGCCAAGUACGAACCACCUGUUGGGCUUCUGCACGACAUCUUCAAGAACAUCGAUGAUCCAGACCUUUUCUACGGCAUCCAGCAAAGCUCAUCUUUGACAACCGUGAUGGAGAGGCUGGAGUACGAGAGCUCGGGCCUGAAAAACCUUCUCUUCCAGAGUGCGCAAUACGACAGCGAGGUUCAGAUGUCCGACAGUCCCAAUCCCUUUGGAGUUUUGAGGGCAUUGAACGCGACAAAUCUUCAAGGCAUAGCCAACACAAUGUUGUCUGCCUCUGGCAGUGCUACUAAUGUGCUGGCUUCUUUUGACAGCAUGCUGCAGGCAGCAACAAGUCUCCAGCAGUGGGAUGUUCCAGUUUCACCACUGGAUGUUUCACCCUCGGCGACAGUUUUCCGCGCGUUCCAGAGCUUGAAUACAUCAGCAUCGUUGCCUGAAGUCGCUGUUUCACUAGACAACUGCCUGUUGACAACAUUAAAGACCAUGAGCGAAACCGGUCAAUCAACAAUUGAGCUGCGAAACACGAUGCGUGCACUCGGGAUCAUUACCGAGAUGAGUGAUGUUCUACAAGUCUCAUCAGCUCAGGAGAUGAAGGACGAAUGGGAGAAAGUCAUGGCUAGAAGCAGUUGGUUGAAGACUGAAAGCUAUACCGAGGUUGGAGCGAUAUUGAGCUGGCACGAAGCAUUGUUCUCUUCGAUUAGGAAGAAUGCUUUGCUAACGUCCAAGUCAAACCUGAGUUCAGCAGACUCGCGCCUGCUCGAGGCAAAGGUUUUCCGCCAAUCACUGGAGAUCACAAGGAGUCAUGGUGUUUCCCAGGCGUCCUUGAAGUCCGCAAUCAGCUUGUCAAAGCUUGCCGAGCCUUGCGCUGAACUGGGAAUGAAUAUUGACGGUGCAGCGAAGUUUGACCUUGCCAACGUUCUUUGGGACCAGGGGGAAAUGACUGCGUCGAUCCGCAUGUUGCAGCAGCUGAAGGGACAAGGCGACUUGCAUAAACAAGCCAUUCCACUCAGUCGUGCGGAACUGCUUGUGACCCUGGGGCACCACGUCGCCGAGGCACGACUAGAGAAACCCGAAUCAAUCCUCCAGGACUACCUGUAUCCGGCAGUCAAGGAGCUGAAAGGUGUCUCAGAAGGGGAGUCCGCUGGGCGGGUCUACCACGGCUUUGCAAGUUUCUGUGACCAGCAACUCCUGAACGUUGACGGAUUGGAAGACUUCAAACGAGUCAAGCAACUACGUGAUCGCAAAGAAAAAGAACUUCUCGGCCUAGAAGAAAUGAUGAAGAAUGCUGAAGGUCGAGAAAAGGAGUCUCUCAAAAUCUUCCGUGCCAAAGCAAAGCAAUGGUUUGAUCUCGAUGACCGUGAAUACCAGCGUCUCUUGCGAAGUCGAGAGGCCUUUCUACAGCAGUGCCUUGAAAACUACCUGCUUGCCCUGCGGGAAAGUGAGAUUUACAACAACGAUGCUCUCCGAUUCUGUGCGCUUUGGCUUGACCAAUCAGACAGCAAGACUGCAAACACUGCAGUAUCCCGAUAUGUCAACGAUGUACCAAGUCGCAAAUUUGCGCCUCUUAUGAAUCAAUUGUCAUCCCGCCUCCUCGAUGUCACCGAUGAUUUCCAGUCUCUUCUCACUGGAUUAGUUUUCCGAAUCUGCGCAGAACAUCCAUUCCACGGAAUGAAUCAGAUUUUUGCUAGCAGCAAGUCAAAGGGCGGGAAAGACCAAUCCUCGCAUUCUCGUUUCCGGGCUGCAAACAAGCUCGUGGACCGCCUGAAGAACGACAAGGACAUUGGGCCUACCUGGAUUGCAGUCCACAACAUGAACAUUACUUAUGUCCGUUUUGCCAUUGACAAGCCCGACAACAAGUUCAAGACCGGCGCGAAGAUUCCUCUGAAGAAACUACCCACAGGAGAUCGUCUCGGGAAAGAUGCGGAAACGUAUAAGCUGCCACCACCUACAAUGAAAAUUGAUCUCCGCGCAGACAUGGACUACAACGAUGUUCCUUCGAUUGCUCGAUUUAGCUCGGAGUUUACGCUUGCAUCUGGUGUUAGUGCUCCUAAGAUUGUGAGCGCCGUUGCAACUAACGGCGUCCGAUACAAGCAGUUGUUCAAAGGAGGAAAUGAUGAUUUACGCCAGGACGCAAUCAUGGAACAAGUAUUCGAGCAAGUUAGCAGCCUUCUGAAAGAUCAUCAGCCUACACGCCAACGGAACCUAGGAAUUCGGACGUACAAGGUUCUUCCGUUGACUCUGAAUGCUGGAAUCAUCGAAUUCGUUCCAAACACCAUCCCCCUGCACGACUAUCUCAUGCCCGCGCAUCAGCGCUAUUUCCCCAAGGAUAUGAAGCCCAGCGCCUGCCGCAAGCACAUUGCCGAUGUACAGACCAGAUCGUUUGAACAAAGGGUCAGAACCUACCGCCAAGUAACGGAGCACUUUCACCCUGUGAUGAAAUACUUCUUCAUGGAGAAGUUCAGUAACCCGGACGACUGGUUCAGCAAACGAUUGGCAUAUACGCGGAGUACUGCUGUGAUCUCCAUUCUGGGUCACGUCCUCGGGCUUGGUGAUCGACAUGGUCACAAUAUCCUGUUGGACGAAAAAACAGGAGAGGUGGUUCAUAUUGACCUGGGUGUGGCGUUUGAACAAGGACGGGUUCUCCCUGUUCCCGAGGUGGUGCCCUUCCGAUUGACUCGAGACCUGGUUGAUGGGUUCGGCAUUACCAAGACGGAGGGUGUUUUCCGGCGCUGUUGCGAGUUCACCUUGGAGGCACUUCGGCAAGAAUCAUACAGCAUCAUGACCAUUCUUGACGUGCUCCGAUAUGAUCCAUUGUACAGCUGGACCGUGUCUCCACUUCGAAUGAAGAAGAUGCAAGACAACCAGGACGCUGGUGACGGCCCCCCUCUUCUGCCUGGCGCACAAGUCAAGCCUUCCACAAACGAACCAAGCGAGGCUGAUAGAGCUUUGACUGUGGUGGCGAAGAAGUUGAGCAAAACGCUGAGUGUCACUGCCACAGUGAACGAGUUGAUCCAGCAAGCAACCGAUGAGAAAAAUCUGGCUGUUCUUUAUUGUGGGUGGGCCUCUUAUGCUUGA